CGUCCCCUUCGAUUUCCCCCAACCUGCACGGGGAAAGACUUGCUGAGAGAGUCGCCCCGGUUUCUUGUCGACCGCAGACCCCGAAAGUUUGCCMGAGGAAGAGAGCGCGCGGCGAGCGAGCGGGCCCAGGGCAGCGGCAGCCGCGCCGGGGACGAUGGUGCUGCCGGCGCCGCCUCCGCGGGCGUGAAGGCAGCGCUCCCAUCCCUCCCCGGACUCCGCGGUGUCCCAGGAACUUUUGCUGACGAUUCCAGUUUCCCCACGGAACAUUCUGGCAAUGGUGAAGCUUCAGCCCCUUCUCUGAUUUGCUGUUAGCCAUGACUGGACGGAUGUGAUGCCUGUGAGCCAGAAGGGGUGACAAGUGACCUUUUGAGGUGACUGUAACUGAAGAUUGCUUUACAGACGCCAAAAAAGGUUUUUGAGUCAUGAUGCAAGAAUCUGGGACUGAGACAAAAAGUAACGGCUCAGCCAUCCAGAAUGGGUCCAGCGGCGGCAACCACCUGCUAGAGUGCGGCGGGCUCCGGGAGGGACGGUCCAACGGGGAGGCGCCGGCCACCGAGCUUGGGGCAGCCGACCUGGCCCACGUCCAGCAGCAGCAGGCUCUACAAGUGGCCAGACAGCUCCUGCAGCAGCAGCAACAGCAGCAGCAGCAAGUUAGUGGACUGAAGUCUCCCAAGAGGAAUGACAAGCAGCCGGCCCUUCAGGUCCCCGUGUCGGUGGCUAUGAUGACACCUCAGGUUAUCACUCCGCAGCAGAUGCAGCAGAUCCUCCAGCAACAGGUGCUGAGCCCUCAGCAGCUCCAGGUCCUCCUCCAGCAGCAGCAGGCCCUCAUGCUUCAGCAGCAGCAGCUUCAAGAGUUUUAUAAAAAACAACAGGAACAGUUGCAGCUUCAACUUUUACAACAACAGCAUGCUGGAAAGCAGCCUAAAGAGCAGCAGCAGGUGGCCACCCAGCAGUUGGCCUUCCAGCAGCAGCUCCUACAGAUGCAGCAGCUCCAGCAGCAGCACCUCCUGUCUCUGCAGCGCCAAGGCCUCCUAACCAUCCAGCCCGGGCAGCCCGCCCUUCCCCUCCAGCCUCUCGCUCAAGGCAUGAUUCCAACGGAGCUGCAGCAGCUCUGGAAGGAGGUGACGGGUGUGCACACUGCAGAAGAAGCCACGAGCAACAACCCCAGCAGCCUGGACCUGACCACCUGUGUGUCCUCCUCCGCCCCCGCCAAGGCCUCCCUGGUGAUGAACCCGCACGCCUCCACUAAUGGCCAGCUCUCGGUGCACACGCCCAAGAGGGAAAGCCUGUCCCACGAAGAGCACCCCCACAGCCAUCCUCUGUACGGACACGGCGUGUGCAAGUGGCCGGGCUGCGAGGCCGUGUGUGAAGACUUCCCGUCGUUCCUGAAACAUCUCAACAGUGAGCACGCGCUGGACGACAGAAGUACAGCCCAGUGUAGAGUCCAGAUGCAGGUGGUGCAGCAGUUAGAGCUACAGCUUGCUAAAGACAAAGAACGCCUCCAGGCCAUGAUGACCCACCUGCAUGUGAAGUCUACGGAACCCAAAGCCGCCCCUCAGCCCCUCAAUCUGGUGUCCAGCGUCACGCUCUCCAAGUCCGCCUCUGAGGCUUCUCCACAGAGCUUACCUCAUACCCCCACGACCCCCACGGCUCCCCUGACUCCCGUCACCCAAGGCCCCUCCGUCAUCACCACCACCAGCAUGCACACGGUGGGACCCAUCCGCAGGCGGUACUCAGACAAGUACAACGUGCCCAUUUCUUCAGAUAUUGCGCAGAACCAAGAAUUUUAUAAGAACGCAGAAGUUAGACCGCCAUUUACAUAUGCAUCUUUAAUUAGGCAGGCCAUUCUUGAAUCUCCAGAAAAGCAGCUCACGCUGAAUGAAAUCUAUAACUGGUUCACGAGAAUGUUUGCUUACUUCCGUCGCAACGCAGCCACGUGGAAGAAUGCAGUGCGCCAUAAUCUUAGUCUUCACAAGUGUUUUGUGCGAGUAGAGAACGUUAAAGGGGCAGUGUGGACGGUGGAUGAAGUAGAGUUCCAAAAGCGAAGGCCACAAAAGAUCAGUGGUAACCCUUCCCUCAUUAAAAACAUGCAGAGCAGCCACGCCUACUGCACCCCUCUCAAUGCGGCUUUACAGGCUUCGAUGGCGGAGAACAGCAUACCUCUAUACACUACCGCUUCCAUGGGCAACCCCUCCCUGGGCAACCUGGCCAGCGCCAUGCGGGAGGAGCUCAACGGCGCCAUGGAGCACACCAACAGCAACGAGAGCGACAGCAGUCCCGGACGGUCCCCUCUGCAAGCUGUGCAUCCUGUGCACGUCAAAGAAGAGCCCCUCGAUCCCGAGGAAGCUGAAGGGCCUCUGUCCUUGGUGACAACAGCCAACCACAGUCCAGAUUUUGACCAUGACAGAGAUUAUGAAGACGAACCGGUCAAUGAGGACAUGGAGUGAACACCUGGGCCGGGCAGUCCGAGAGGGAAGAUCAGAGACGAGAAACAAAAACAUGUCCAAAGUUUGCAGUGCAGUGGCUCUGCGUUGGCCAAACAGGCUGGAGGAGCCUCACUACACUUUGGCAACUCUGAAACGUGUUAACUCUUAGUGCCAUCAAGAAUCCCGUUUGGGAGUAUUUUUGAUUUUUCUACUUUUUGUUGAAAAAAGGAAUUUGUACUCUGUGCGUUGGAUGGACUCGUUUGGUACUUGGGAUUUUCCUCUCUUCACAGUCAACAUCAGUGUUGUAAAUUUGCUAAACUGAGAUUCACUUUUAGCAGCAGACUUUGAACUGCAGUCCUGCCGGCAUUGGACACUGAGGACGCCAACUGAGCUUGCGCACCUGAGCUGCAGACCACGCCUCUGCCAGGAUCAAGGACUCCAGUGGACGACCUGUUGCACAGUACCGCAUGUUGAUAUCACUGCCUUUACGCCUUUGUUUUUUGGUUUUUUUUUUUUUUUUUUUUUUUUUGCUUCCAGUUGGGAUGGGGAAGGCCUUUGUGUGUGUAUUGGGGGGCGGGGUUAAAAUUAUCCCAAACUUUUUAAUGUAUUGCUUUUUUUUUCCUUCUACUUUACCAUUUUAAGUUCUGACCUCAGGCCUCCACUUGGGCCCACGGCCUCUUGGAGGCUUAAAGUUUUCUGUACCUUGUGAUGAAUGUUGAUAGGUAUUUUUUAUUACACAGAGCUGAAUGUCAUUUCUCGUUCGUAGUUUUCUGUCACUCAUUCCAUUUUCCUACAGACGCCACCACGUUUCUCUGAAGUCAGAAAACAUUCCGUUUUGGUCUUUUUUCAAAAAGGUCCCAAAUGCUGCAACUCUACACAUGAAGGUCCCGUCACACAGAUGGGACGUCCUGCCAGAAAGAGAAUGAAUGACAGAAAAAAAAUAGAGACACACUCAGAACAAUGCAGACUCAUUCCACAGAGCAGUAUUGGGGGUGGUGAGGGGUUGUUCAGAAUUCCUUUUUUUUUUUUUUUUUUUUUUUGAAAAUAAGAAGCAUCAUUCUGAAUAAAUGCCACAGCACUGCACCAGCACACAGGCAGGGAGACGGUGAUGAUUAGGCUGACCUCGUGGAUGGGAAUGGCUCUCCCUCCAUGACCCCGUGGUCAGGGUCUGGGGCUCCUUGCUGGGAUGACCACCGUGGGCUGCCUUGACUACAAAGUGACCAGAGGCCAGCUCCCCAAAGCAACUUUGUUGGACGCGGAGGGGGGCAGUGCCGAGGCUGGAUCAUUGGAGCUGCCUGGUGGCACUAUUCUGUUUAAAUGCAAAUUAGACUUCAGGUCGCUCUUGUUGAGGGCGUUAAUGAGGACCCAGUUCAGCAAAUGCCUAAGUGUGUGUCCGGGAGGUGCGCGACUGGUGUGUCACAAUCACUGUCCCCCAGUGUGGAAAGCCGACAGAAGACAUCAGGUAGACCAGGUCCUGCAGGCCCUGGGCUUCCGGGGAGCCGCACCGGGCGUUCACAGCGCCACCGCCUCGGUCCUCCAGCCCGGCCACACCUCCGUCUGCACCCAUUUCCCUGACAUGUAUUUAUCUAGAACUGUAGCUUUUGUUUUUAGUUUGAGAGCCUUUUGGAGCUUAAUUUAUAUUCUUUGUACCUUUUAUUUCUAAAAUUACCAAAGAUAUUACACAAAGGUAAAUUAUGUUCUCUGUUUUAUGCUUUAUCUGAUGAAGCCAAAUAUCCUCUUAUUGUUGAUCAAAGGAGGUGAAAGGAUUUAGAAGCAAAUGAUAAAAGAUACAGGCUAUUGCUAACCUGAGAAAGUUGGCCAUAGAGCAGAUUUAGAAGACCAAGUAGGUAAAGGAACCAAAGUUGUUACUUUUUUCUAGUUUUUCUUUUUUUCUUCUUCUUGUACCUCUACAGAGACCAAAACUCAUCCUUAUUAAGAAAAAUUAUGGGGCUACUGAAGAUGAAAAUAGGACACAGUAUUAUAGUUGCUACAGAAGGAACGAAGUCCCAUCUCAAAGAGCUGUGAGCGUUGCCACCGGAAGCGAGCAUGUCCAAUAGAGGAGACAGUUAAGCUGAAAACCAGAAACAACCGAAAAGCAUCUGCAAUUGAACCUAGACGACAUGAUAGCAUUUCUAGAAUAUUUUUGUUGUUAUAUUUAGUGAGAUUACAUGCCAUUUUUGUUUAAGAACUGUGCUGUGAUCACUGCAUUAAUUUUGGUUUAUUUUGGCAUAGAUCCUCCAAUUUGUCUUUAUGUUAUUUAUCUUUUUGGAAUAGACUUUGGACAACAUUUUUCAUUUACUAAAAUGGAAAAAAAAAAAAGUAACACUCCUGUCCACUCAUAAGCUUGGUACAAAAACGUCUUUGGCAAUGACCUUGGAAGCGUCACUCUGCUUUCUAUUUGAAGGGCAGUUUGUGGUCCCUCAUGGCUCCCCCACUUCUCCAGGCAGCUUCGUGAUGUGCAGGCAGUAGCCGGGGGGUCCCAGGAAGGACCCCGUGCUUCUAAACGGAGUGGUUGCUGGUUAGGGUG